AUGGUGUUAUCUUCGUCUAGUGACGGGGCCGUGGCCGCCGCAUGCGAGCGCGCGCGUUCGUUGGACAUUCCGUCGGAGUGCUUGCCGCCGUUUGGACGUGUCGUCAUCACUCCAGCGCAUCACGUGUCGUGCAAUCGAAUACUUGUUAACUUUUAUGUUGGCAACCCUACUACUGUAAAGGCAUCUGCCGGGCGAACCCCGCGUAUGUACAUACGCCUGUACGAUACGGUGUUCUGGAUGAAUGGGGGUGAAUCAGAGGCAGUGAAAGUGCACGCUCGUGGCGAUGGGUCGUCGUCCAGCCUCCGUCUGAGGCGG